GAAGAAUUUAUGCGCGAAUAAAUCGAAAAACACCACUGUUUCAUUUUUAAGUUUUGACAUUGCCGUCAAAAGGAAAAAGAGUGAAAUAAACACUCAAAAGGAAUAAAAAGGUGGACAGAAGGAGAUUAGUUCUGGAAGUUUAUAAAAUUUGUGAAAUUGAUAUUGAAAAAUCAGCUGUAAGGAACGUGAGAAGCACUAAAGUUUUAUUGCUAUAGAAGGAGAAUCUGAACGUGAGCGAAACGAGAUGACUGCUCCGCGUAGACUGCGCAAAGAAUUGACCGACCUACAGGCUUGUGGUCUGAAAUCAUUUCGUGAAAUCAAUGCGGACGAGGAGAAUCUGCUGCGUUGGACCGGUUUAAUUGUACCAGAUAAUGCUCCAUAUAAUAAAGGAGCAUUUCGUAUUGAAAUAAACUUUCCUGCGGAGUACCCCUUUAAACCUCCAAAGAUAAUAUUUAAGACUAAAAUUUAUCAUCCAAACAUCGAUGAAAAAGGACAGGUUUGCUUACCCAUUAUAUCAACUGAAAAUUGGAAGCCUGCAACACGUACAGAUCAAGUUGUUCAGGCAUUGAUUGCAUUAAUCAAUGACCCGGAACCAGAACAUCCGCUACGUGCAGAUUUGGCCGAGGAAUACUUGCGAGAUCGAAAGCGUUUUAUUAAAAAUGCCGAAGAGCAUACCCGGAAGAAUAGCGAAAAACGGCCGACAGAUUAAAUAAGAAGUGCUGCCAAAAAAUUACAUGUGAAGUAGAAAAAAUAUAUAUACAAAAAUAAACAAAUAUAAUCAUUGGCAUUGAA